AUGGCUCGCUCAGGCAGGGCCAUGUGUCAGAAUACCGAAUGUAAGCACAAUGGUCUCAAAAUCGAAAAGGGUGAGCUCCGCUUGGGUACCCUGGUUACCAUCAAAGAUCAGACAACGUGGAAAUGGAAGCAUUGGGGAUGCGUGACACCUUUGCAAAUCAAGAACCUCCAAGACCAAGUUGGACCUUUAGCGGAUCUCGACCUCGAUACUGAUCUUCCUGCCAUCAUUGAUGGGUAUGAUGAGAUAACAGUUGAAGCACAAGAGAAAAUCAAGUUCUCCCUUGAGCAUGGUCACGUCCCUGAUGAGGAUUGGAAGGGUGUGAGUCAAAGCCGUCGGUAG